AUGGCUAGGUGGUGGUGCAUCUUAGUUCUUCUUGCUCUUGCCGUCGCUGCUGCAAGUGCCAGAACCAUUCCCAGUGACGCUGCUGCGUUUGGGGACCAGAAGAACUUCCUCGGCUACGGGUUUUCAGGAGUAGGCAACAAUGGGCUUCCCUUUGGAGGACUGGGCUCUGGCUUUGACGGUAGCAUGGGUGGGCCUUCUGGGCUCGGUGGGUUUGGAGGAUUCGGCGGGCCUGGUGGGCUUGGCGGUCUUGGAGGCCCUAGUAACAAUGGAAGCCCCAGCAUUCCUCUCCCUUGA